AUGGACGAAUCUAGAGCACACAACACCCGAGCUACGGAAUGGGAAACCAAACAUCAUGAUAUUGUCACGGAGAACAACGCCUUCAGAGCUCAUAACGAGGAAUUGAAACGUCUACUCGAACUCAGCAAGCCUGAUACAAGAAACGUAAUCGAGAGCAGAGACGCCGCAUAUCGUAAAUUGCAACAUGUACAGCGUGUAAUGCGCGAUCUCUUAAUGGACAUGGACUUGGCGCCUGAUUUUGGAGAUAGCCCAAAUGAAGGUGCUUCACUGCUGUUACAAGCAGAGCCUGAGCCGAAAUACAAGGAUAUUGGCGCCUCCUCGUCCCCAUCGGGCCAAAGUCACAGAAACGAUAAGUCCUCUAACAGCUCUGGUUCUGGCAAGACUGCGCGCCCAAUGUCCAAAGGAAAGGAGCGUAGCUCGCCCAAAACCCCGAUGACUGUGCCAAUUUCAUCUCCAGCCUCAACUUCAUACUCUCGCUCAUCAAGGACAGGAGUAAGCGGCGGAGUUGUAUCCGAUCUCAGCAAUCAGCAGAGAUCAUCUGAAUCCAACAGCUCAUCCGAACCAUCUACGGAUUUGUCCGUACAUACUGCGAGAAAGUCUUCUGGCGGUGUCGGCGAUGUUUGGAAGCUGACUUCAUCUCGCAGCCCCCGGAGUGCGGAAGUCAUUUAUCCUGUCGACAUGCAAAUGUUUCAGGAACAGCUGAACCUUGGCGAAGAUACGAUAUAUUCUCUCGAAAGCCUUGGACAGGCGGAUGAACAUUGUUUCCCUCUACAGAUUGUCGACAACAUGGCGUUUGUCCACGACCCGUUCUCGAUGGAUGGACCAGGCGGAUCUUUUUUGAUGAACUGGGGCACCCCAGGCGCCAAUGAGACAGUCCAUGCGUACAUCGUCAAGAACUGCCCUAGAGACCGUGUUCUCCACACAUUCACCUUUCCCGUGAAAAGGGGAGUUUGGUAUUAUAUUGGCGCCCAGAAAUGGAACGUGAAGGACAUUUUCGAGAUCUGGUCCACUCUGGGUGAUAAAGCUAAGGAAGUCGUCACCGGUAAACUACAGAGACGUUGCAACCGCGGGCUCUCCCAGCAAGAAAUUGCUGAGAUGAUUCAAGAUGGGCGACUGCAGCAAUUCUGUAUUGAAGUGAGCGGUCGUUUAUUGAAAGAUGUCAGUCGAGCAUUUGCGAAGACGAGUUUAGGUUAUGAAGGAGGGAAUGUUGCCCAAUGA